AUGACAAACAUUCGCCAAGCUAAGAAACUCCGGUCGGGGCUGUCGAAAAACAGGCCUAAGAGGGGCAACAUCCUCAAGAAUGGCAAGAAGAAGGUCAACGUGCUGGGAAAUGCUAUCAUCGCCGAAAACUGGGAUCGCAAACUGACUCUCACACAAAACUACCGUCGCCUCGGUCUUACUCACCGUCUAAACGCCCCCGCCGGUGGCGCUGAGAAACGCCCCAACAAAGCCGGUGGUAUCGACGUCGCCCCCGAACACUCGUUACACAUUAAGGGCAGCUCGGAAGCGACAGCGAAGCAACUGGGGCUGGGAGAAGUCGAGGUGGAGCGCGAUCCGGAGACUGGCAACAUUAUCCGAGUCAUCAGCAAGAAACGAGACAACCCGCUCAACGACCCCUUGAACGACCUGUCCGACAACGAGCAGGACGCCUACGGAGCUCCCAAGACGGACAUUGUCAAGCAACUCGAGAGGCAAGCGGCGCAGGAGGGAGAAGAUGUUAAGACCAAGAAGCCGCGCCAUCAGAGCUCGCGGGAGGCGGAAUGGGUCCAAAGACUCGUUGACCGACACGGCGACGACAUUACUGCCAUGUUCCGCGAUCGGAAGCUGAACCCCAUGCAACAGAGCGAGGGUGAUAUCAGGCGGCGCAUUAAGAAGUGGAAGAAGAGCCUGGAGUGA